AUGACGACGCUACCGCCCUUUGCACCGUUCCCCUCAGCGGCAUGGCGGGCACAUCUCACCCCGCAAGACUGGGAUGCCCUCAUCGAGGCCUGGACGACACUCUCGCAAGCCUAUCUCGCCCUGCCGGAUUCUCAGCUCUCGAAAGCCGCAGUAAAGGAUGAGUCGCUAACGACGUUUCUCUCGACUUUUGUGCCUGAAAUCGCUCAAGCCGGGCCGCCUGCGACGAUAGGUUCAUCUCACCAGGCCAAAGCAUUGUUGAGGACAACAUUCACAUUGACAUCACGCCUACUCACGACAUCAUCAACCCCACCACCAGUGUCCCUCACGACGCCAAAUUUCCUCUGCGGCUUCAGCAAACUCUACCGGAAGAAUGCACCGGCGACAUUAGCAAAGGCAUGGAAAUUGCAUUCCGCAAGUUUCGAGACCGCCCUCGCAGGGCUCAAGAAGACCCUCACAAAGUCCCUCGAAGCAGGGAUGAAGGCAGACCUCAAAGCUCUGGAGAAUAGGCUCGCAAACUUGAACCACCUGCUGUACGCCUCCCCCGAUGCAUCGGCGUUCUUUCUUGCCGGAUCAGACUUCCUCGACGGCCUGGUGUCGGCAUUCAAAAUUACCAACCCGCCUCUUCGCAAGGUUCUCAUUGCGACGACGUACCUGUGCCUGGUUGGCCUGACGGAGGGCGAGACACCACGGUUCGGAAUGCUCGCAGACGUUCUGUUCUCUCUUAAAUCCGCGGCGGAGACGCACAGGACGGGGCCGCUGAACGUGAACGACUCGCUUGUCGCAGAGCUGGUGACGGUCACGCCGGUGCUGAAGCAGCUGCUCAAGCGCGCGGAGGAGAAGGGCGCGGCGUCUACUGCUCUCAAGACGCGCAUCUCGGCGCUGGACGGCUUCAAGAAACCCGGUGGCGGAUUCAUGAGGCCCAAGAGGCUCGUCAAGCGUAAGGUCGACAAGGGCAAGGGCGUUGCGGAUGAGGACCAGGUGACGGCCGAGCUACACAUUCACCGGCAGAGCCAGAUUGCGCUCAUCCAGGAUCUAUUUCCUGAUUUGGGAUCAGGGUUCGUCUCAAAGCUAUUUGACGAGUACGGCGAUAACACGGAGGUUGUUACGGCGCAUCUACUCGAGGAUUCAUUGCCGCCACAUCUUGCCAACCUCGACCGCAGCGAGCAAUUGUCACCCAAGAUCGAGAGACGUUUCAGCCAUGAUAUUGCACCCAGACCUACGCCACCACAACUCCCACAACGCCAUAACGUUUUUGAUGAUGAUGAAUUAGACAGACUAGAGCUUGACGUCUCAAAGCUCCAUUUCGGAAAGAAGGCACCAGAGAAGACGGCGGACGAUGUCCUCAAGGACAGGUCCACCGCGCCCAACAAAGCAGCCAUUUUGUCUGCACUUGCGGCGUUUGACUCGGAUGAUGACGAGCGUGAUGACACCUACGACGCAGACGACGUCGGCGGAACAGUGGAUAACGCAGCCAACGAAGAGGCAGACGGGCAGAGGGAUGCCGGCGAAGAGACGCUUUUCAAGGCGUUCCAGUCGGACCCAACUGUCUUUGAUCGCCAAGCGGCAACAAGAAGAGGACAGGCCAGAGGCAAGCUUAGGGAAGAGACGGGUAUGACGGACGAGGCGAUCGAGGGGUGGGCGGUGAUGCUUGCGAGGAACCCGGCACAGAAGAGACGGCUUGAGGCCAAGUACAGUGGUGCGGCCGCAUUCACUGGUGCCCAGACGGAACUUUUGUCCACGGCAUGGAGGGCCAGUCCUGCUGGCUCUGGCGCCGAGGAAUCCGAGGCCGACGGCGGCAGCUCUUCUUCGAGAGGUGGUAGUAGAGGAGGCCGUGGCCGAGGUGGUCGCGGUCGCGGUAGGGGUGGAGGACGCGGAGGUGGCAACGUGGCGGGCCCGACAGGAGACAAAGAUACAGAGGCGGCGCGGAGGAGGAAGGAAGCCAGCAAGGGCUCGAGGGCGAACCAUAACCGCCGCGACCAGAGAGCGAGGAAGAUGGCAACGGGAGGGCUGCCUGGUUGA